CACGUGAAACUUUCUGGAGAAGUUGGUUGGUAGACUCGCUCUGAAGCUCCAAGCUCACACAACCUCAGUAUAGUGGACCCGUCUGAAGUGAUCCUUCUGGAGACUGAACAUAAGGACUUUCUGAAGUAAACCAGUCUCGUCUUAGGAAAGCUCUCGAUCCGCUGCGAUGAGCAACACGUCGAAGUAACGGCGUUAAUCAAAAAAUCCACAACGCAGAAACACAUUUUACCUUCGUUCUUUGCUCAACCGAGAUUUAAAACGCAGUGGCCACUGGAAACGUUGCUGUGCAGCGCCAUGGCUGCCCAGUGCGACACUCUAAGCGGAUACUUGCAGCAGCAGCAGCAGCAGCAGUCGGACCAGGGCUCCAACAGCGAGCGCAGCACAGACUCGCCCCCGCCGGGGUCCGAGGACGACCUGCACGCCCCGCACCCGCCGCCGGACCCCGAGUGGACUGAAGAGCGCUUCAGAGUGGACCGCAAGAAACUGGAGAUCAUGUUGUUAGCUGCCUCAGAGGGACGGGUAAACGGAGGAGAGGAUUUCUUCCAGAAGGUCAUGGAUGAAACCAAAACACAGAUUGCAUGGCCUUCAAAGCUGAAGAUCGGAGCAAAAUCCAAAAAAGAUCCUCACAUCAAGGUGUGUGGAAAGCGGGAGAACGUGAGGGAAGCCAAGGACAGAAUCAUGUCUGUUCUGGACACCAAGAGCAACAGGGUCACCCUGAAGAUGGACGUAUCCCACACGGAGCACUCCCACGUCAUCGGGAAGGGAGGGAACAACAUCAAGAAGGUGAUGGAGGAGACGGGCUGCCACAUCCACUUCCCCGACUCCAACCGCAACAACCAGGCGGAGAAGAGCAACCAGGUGUCCAUCGCGGGCCAGCCGGGCGGAGUGGAGGCAGCCAGGGCCAAGAUACGAGAGCUGCUCCCUCUGGUGCUCUCCUUCGAGCUGCCGGCCAUCGUGCAGCCCGACCCGAGCUCACCCAGCGUGCAGCACAUCUCCCAGACGUACAACCUCAGCAUCUCCUUCAAGCCGCCCACCCGCCUCUACGGCGCCUCCGGCGUGGUGCGGGGGUCCCAGAACAACACCACGGCGGUCAAGAGGGGCACUGCUCUGCUGCUGGAGCACCUGGCCGGCAGCCUGGCCAGCGCCAUCUCGGUCAGCACGCACCUGGACAUCGCCCCCCAGCACCACCUCUUCAUGAUGGGGCGCAACGGCAGCAACAUCAAGCACAUCAUCCAGAGGACCGGUGCCCAGAUCCACUUCCCCGACCCCAACAGCCCCCAGAAGAAGUCCACCGUCUACAUCCAGGGCACCAUCGAGUCAGUCUGCCUGGCCCGCCAGUACCUCAUGGGCUGCCUGCCACUGGUGCUGAUGUUUGACAUUAAGGAGGACAUUGAGGUGGAGCCCCAGUGCAUCACAGCCCUGAUGGAGCAGCUGGACGUCUUCAUCAGCAUCAAGCCCAAACCCAAACAGCCCAGCAAGUCGGUCAUCGUCAAGAGUGUGGAGAGGAACGCGGGGAACAUGUACGAAGCCCGAAAGUUUCUCCUGGGCCUGGAGAACAGCGGGGUGUCCUCGUCUUCCACGUCCGUGGCCGUGUCCCCCUCUUCGUCCUCCUCCUCUUCCUCCAACAGCAACGGCCCCUCCAUCAUCUGCCCUGUGGGCCUGGAAAUCCUGACCUCAGCUGGCCUGGGGCUAAGCACUCUGGGUCUGUUGGGCGCCGCGGUGAGCCACUCCAUGAACUCAUCGGCCGCUCCCAACUCGGUGCUCAACGGCCUGAACGCCUCCAUGGGUCCCCUGCAGUCCGCCAGCACGCCCAGCAACGCCGCCUCGCUCUGGCCCAGCUCCCUCACCGGCUCCCAAGGUUUCUCAUCUCAGCUGCUGCUGCACCCCGCCACCCAGGCCACCCUGAGCAGCAUCCUGCUCUCCGGGGUGCAGGGCUACACCCAGAACACCCCCUCCCCUCCCCCCGGCCUGGCCCCUAUAGACAAGCAGUCCAACGGGGUCCCGGACUGCUCCAAGGGCCCCUGCUCUCUCAACGGCCACGUCAAGCAUCCCAGCUCUGUGUAUGGAAGGAUGUCCAGCGCUUCGCUAGGGGACACAGUGUUGAGUCCGUCCCAGUGUGACUCGGUGCAGGAGGCCAGCGGACACAACCCGUCAGAACCGCUCUCCAGCAAGUCCAACCAGGAUGAAGGCUCCGACACGUUUGUUGAAGUGGGCAUGCCCAGAAGUCCCUCCCACUCGGCGAAUGGGAAUGAGCUAAAACAGAUGCUGGCCUCCUGUAAGACGUCGUCAGGGAAACGGCAAGCUGUGGAGCUACUGCAGGGAACCAAAAACUCUCACUUACACUCUGACUGCCUGCUGUCGGACACAGAGUCCAGUUCCUCGGACAGUCCUGUGGCGGACAAGAGGGCGCCGGGCAGCGAGCGGGCGGCGGAGCGGGCCGCCCAACAGAACGAGAGGGACAGGAUCAGACUGUCCCCCCAGGCCGCCUACGCCAACAUGCAGGCCUUCGACUAUGAACAGAAGAAACUUUUGGCCACCAAAGCCAUGUUGAAGAAGCCAGUGGUGACGGAGGUGCGGACGCCCACCAACACGUGGAGCGGCCUUGGCUUCUCCAAGUCCAUGCCGGCGGAGACCAUCAAGGAGCUGCGCAGGGCAAACCAUGUGCCCUACAAGCCCAGCAUGAGCACCACCUUCGAGGGCUCGCCGCUGUCCCUGUCGCGCUCCAACAGCAGGGAAGGCAUCGGGAACGGCAGCGACUCGGACAACUGGCGUGACAGGAACGGCCUCAAUGGUCUCCCCGAGCACCCCGAGUUCCCCCCGCCCAUGGGCAGCCCCAAGAGGAAGCAGAACAAAUCCGCCGUUGAGCAUUACCUGAGCAGCAGCAGCUACAUGGACUGCAUGUCAUCGGUGACGGGCAGCAACGGCUGCAGCCUGGGCUCCUCCCUGAAGGGCUCGGACCUGCCCGAGCUCUUCAGCAAGCUGGGCCUGGGGAAGUACACCGACGUCUUCCAGCAGCAGGAGAUUGACCUCCAGACGUUCCUGACCCUUACGGACCAGGACCUGAAGGAACUGGGCAUCACCACAUUUGGUGCCCGCAGGAAAAUGCUCCUUGCCAUCUCAGAGCUCAACAAGAACCGGAGGAAGCUGUUUGAGCCCCCCAUCAGGUCCUCUUUCCUAGAGGGCGGGGCGAGCGGGCGGCUGUCUCGCCAGUUUCACGCCAGUGAAAUGGCCAGCGUCAGCGGGCGGUGGUAGAAACAAAAUGGCCACCUCACCGCCAGACCGCCGCGCCUCACAACCACCCAAACACGCUGCGACCUAGCCGGCGGCACUGUCACACCAAAGUUAUACCGGGAGCGAAGAUUUUACCGCCUACGUAAUCCGCGUUCGAAAAUGCCAAACCUGCCUUGCAACUGAUGAUCGCGUCGAACGUUGCCUGGCAACGGACGAUCGCGUCGAACGAUGACGUCUAUUAUCUAAAUUAAAUAAACAUAAGCUAGUGAGACUACGAUACACUUUAAACACUCAGUUGACUAGCUAAAUUCGAUUAAACAAUUAAAUACAAUACUAAUAUAAACUACGAUACACUUUAAACACACAGUUUAAUAGCUAGAUUCAAUACAAUACAAAUAUAAAGUAAAAGCAAGUGUUAUCUGUAUUAUGUUAUUUCGUCUUCAUGAGCGCAAAUGUUUUUUGAAACCUGCCUGGCAACGGACAAUCGCGUCGAACGACGUAAUGUUUUGACGCCCCCCGUCCAAUUUUGGUGUGACAGCACCAGUGGAACCCAGCCUAGCGGUGGCGGUCUCCGCUCUCUUCCUUCCUCCAUAGGCCAGGGCCUCAGGCCUUCUCUGGCUGGUGAUAGUUGUUGUUGUUGUUGUUUACUCCUCCUGCUUUGAGCUGAACUGAAGACUCAUUUGUUUGACUUAUUGCCAUAUGUAAAAAAAGAAAGCCAUUGUCUUACCGAAAGUGCCAAUGAGAAAGGGGGGGGGGGGGGGGGGGGGUAAAGGGAUUUCUCACACAUGAAGUUCAGUGUUCACUCCCUCAUUGGGGUCAAUGUGGAGCACAUUUAUACAUGAAGGAUAUUGAUAUUGUUAUACUUAUGGAGUUAGGGUACGGUGUUGUCCACUUUUGUCAAAGGGAACAGCAAAUGAUUAGUAAAAUAAUUAAAAUCAUUUAUCACAUUGAUACUAUGCUGUGGUAUCGAUGACAUGCACUUUAACAAUGCUAAACAUUUGCCUGUGAAUGCCUCAUUCCUUAAAUUAGAAUUCGUACAAUGGUGCAUUUUUGUAUUAACACAAAGCACAGAUGCAGUUUUUUUGUACUUUACCAAAAGGAAGCACUUAGCCAGGGAGAUUGGGGGGGGGGGGGGGGGGGGGGAGUGUGCCAAAGCAGUUACAUUUUCUAACAUUUUUACUUUAACAAACUCGCACCAACAGGAACUUCAUCAAUGUUGCUCCCCUUUAGCUCUGGGCUGCCCUCAUUGUUUAGAGAGUGGGCGUUUCUCUAAGGUCAGUCUGUUUGUGUUAAGUAACACACAACUGCAGCCAUACAACUUAACCAUACAAUACUAAAAAUAACCUAAUAUUUUACUCCUAACUUUUAUUUUACUAUCAUUUUAGGGGAACACGUGGGAUGUUUAACGGUAAUCAGUUUACAUAUCGGUAUGUUUUAAUCGUUUUAUAUAUAUAUAUAUGUUCCAGAAUGGUGUUUAUAUGAUUUGUAAAAUUAGGUUAUCAUUUUUUAAUGUUUGUUUGUUUUCUUCCUACCCUGUCUACAUCUGUGGAGCCGUUACAUGUGCUGUAACAAUAGACAAGCAAGCAGAAUAUCGGGGCUUUGAGUGUUUGGUUUAUGGACCUCUCUCUGUUUGUGUCAAUAGGCAUCUGUGGUUAUUCGUUCCGUCCUGUUUGUUUAUAGCGCCCUUUUGUCUUAUCUAUGGUAUGUGUUUGUGUUGCCUGCCCGGCAGCCCCCCCUUCUCCACACUGCUCACCCCCUGGUUGUAUCCACAACACUAUAAAGUACACCCGAGGCCGUGCCUUUCUGACUUGUGAUCCAGACCUUUCUGCUUUCAUACACGCAGGAAAGGCCUGUUGUGUCGUCAUAACAAGGCUUCGGCGUGCAGGCAGAACCGUCCAAUGUACAGGGGCCGUCUGGUUCUGUUCUCAACAGGGGAGCUGGCAGAACACUUAUCUUUUUGUUGCGUGUUACACUUUUUCUGAUGCAACGUUAGCUAGGGAGUAUAUUCUCUGAGAAUCACUAUAUAUACUUAAGGUACUUUUAUAUAGAGGUACCUUCAUGUAGGAGGUUGAACCGGGGUGCGUGUCGAAACAGGAGAAACCCACCAGAAGUGGCCGUGCCAUUUUAAAAGGAACAUUCAAAGUGUAUUUCCGUAUCGGUUGUGCAAUUUAACAACCUGAAAUCUGGUUUGCUGUGUGAUGAAGAGUUUGGGCAUCUUAUCAUUGUUUGUCAUCUAGCUAUUACUAGUUUGGGGCUCUUGUAUUAUUAUGCUCAUUCAUGUGUUUUGAAUUUAAAAAUAACUCCAUAGCACUCCAAAUAUAUUUUGUUGAUUACAAUGUGUUUUCUGUUGUUUUAUCCUCUACUCCAAUAUUUUGUUUCAGAGUUUGUCUUUGAACCAAUUGUCCCUAAGGCGGAACACACUACGGUGUGUGUGUGUGUGUGUGUGUGUGUGUGUGUGUGUGUGUGUGUGUGUGUGUGUGUGUGUGUGUGUGUGUGUGUGUGUGUGUGUGUGUGUGUGUGUGUGUGUGUGUGUGGUGUGUACACUUUAAACCACUUGCUUUACCCUCCAUCUGAUUUGAGCCAACGUCGUUGGUACGUGGUUGACAAUAACAUGAAACAUGAUAAUAUUCUGACAUGGUUGCUAUCGCCAACCGGAUAAUUGUUCUUUCAUUGUCUGUUUUUAGUUUUGUUAAUUUCAAUGAAGGAAAGAUUUGUACGAUGUAAGGACAGCUAAUUUAGAAAAGGGAUUCUGUAUUACACGAAUAAAAUCCAUUCGCUCAUCGAUCAUCAUCAUCAUCAUAAUAACCACCGUCAUCAAUAUACUUUGAAAUUAUGCACUGAUUUAGCCAGUGCCCUCGACUCAUGUUCCUGCCUUAUGGACAGUGGUUUUCAUCCAGAAAAACGUCCCCUCACCAGGGUGGGUUUGAAAUGAAGGCUCUUUAGUUUGGAGCAAAUGUUGUGUAACAAGUUGCACUGCAGUAACAGUAUUGCAGAUUCAUGAAGGGACUUUAUUUUGUUGUCAAAAGGUUUACCAGCAUUUGUGUUUGUUCGUUUGAGUCUGUGCACUUGACUGAACGGUCACCAUAAUCAUGUUGUCAAAUGGUUGUGAUUUAGUCAUCUUAUUGUUCCCAAAGGGAUUUAUCUGAACGGGGCGUCGCCCUGCAUCAGAUAACAUUGUACAUUUGUGAUGAUUGUAAACCACUAAGGAAUUGUUGUCAUGCUUUAGCCUUUGUACACCAUGUUCAUCUUGGGAAAGGUACAACUCUGCACAAGGUUUCACAGAUGCUUAAUUUGACUGUACAAAAUGUCCAAAGAUUUAUUGAUUCAAGGUUUUGUCGCGGCAUUCAUUUGUUGUAGUUGUUUCUGGUAGUUUGUAUUUGGAGUACAGAUAUAAAGUAUUGGAAUAGUUUUUGGUAGUUUUACCAAAGCUUGUAUUACCAGAGAGUAAAAAAAAAAAAGAAGUUUGUUCAAACAUUGAAAUGCUAUUCCAAAGGUAUGAAUAAAUGUAUGCAGCGAAAGUCCCUUUA